GGCCUCUGCCAGCUGCACCUGAGGGCACCGGACCCUGUGGCCCCAAUCCAAGCAGUCCAGGGGUGGUUUUUUUAAUCCUUUUAUUUUUUAUAGACUAAGAGCAGAAUAUGAAAAUCACCAGCCAAAGCACUUGAAAAAAGGGCGAGUUGCUUUUUUGUCCCCCAAAAAGUGUCUGUGCGUUUGCAUAGGUUGGGUCUUCACAGAAGACGAGGAGAAUCCAACACUUUCUGACUAUGUACAGGUCGGUCCGGGGCCCGCGCUGCUGCCUAGGGGCCUGAUAGACAGAUCUAUCUCGAUAGCCACUCUCUGUACAGGAUGUAUAGAUCUCUACAUAGGCUACAUGGACCCGGCCAAGCGUCUGGAGGGAGCCCGCAUCCUGGGUAUCCCGAACCACCACAGAGCCCCGGCCCAGCCAUGUGGAGCCACCAGGCGAUGGGAUGGAUACAGACGCCCCGUGCAUUUGCCAUGUGGGCAGGAGGCAGCCAGGACGCGGUGGGGGCUGUGACACAGAGGUUCGCCACGCAGGAUGCCCCACUCCCAGAAGGGCUGAGUCGAGUCCCCACAGGAGACAGUGGCUGGAGUCCGGGGGCAGAUCCCGUGCUCAGCACGACCGGAGAGCGCCUGGGACAGGCAGACAGACACACUCAGCAAGAGCCUGGCCCAGCCCUGGCAGCUGAGGGCACACGGGCCCAGGGUGCCCCAAUCCGAGAAGGCACCAUCCACAGGCUCCGCUUUCAGCCCCAUCCUGCUCCAGCUCCUGGCGGGAAAGGGGUGCCCCGGCCCCUUCCUACACUGGAUCCCCCACCCUGCGGGCACGGAGCCCCAGGCGCUGCACAAACCGUGGCUGCCGUUCCAGGACCUGCCCCCCAGGCCAUGAUUGACCUUGGCCGACAGUCUCCAUGAUGCCCCGGCUGCAAGCAGCGCGUGGGCUCUGCCAGCUCCAGAUCGUGGCUCCCGAAGGGUUAAGCGCAGGAGCGGAAUGGGCUGCAUCACUUCUGCACGGCUGCAUUUCUGGAACAGAGCUUUGCAAGGCAGCAGCACCUUCCGUCAUCCUGGACAGAUGGACUCCCCCAGUGGACCCUCCUGAGCACUACCUGGGCCCAGCACUGGCAGGACACUGGCUACCUGGCAAGCCCAGCCUGGCGGCUGCUCUGCUCCCAUCUCUGCAAUAAAUGCAGGCUGAUGACUACA